AAGAACAAUAAGACAUUUGGUGAUAUAAUCAACGCUUACAAACCUUGUUUGAAUCCAGAUCCUUCGAUAUAUUUAAUAUUUUCAUGAGUUCAAGUUCAGAAUCAAAUACAAAAUUUGAACAAAAAUUACUCAGUUCUAAGGAAUCUAUAAUUAAUGAUCUAGGUCCACCCCUGCAUAUUAUAUACGUAAAUAUUUUCCAAUACAUCUUCAGGUCAAAAAAAAUAUUUUCAACUAGAAAUAUGAUAACAAAAUAGCAAGAUACAAAGAAAAUGAAACAACUCAUAGUAAUAUACAUUAAAGAAUAAGAGACCACACAACUACUGAAUAAACUGUGUUCUUACUUGCUUUUGUGUUUGCUUUCUUUUAUAUUUUCAAUUCAUGAUGUAAGCAGCUUCCAUAAAGAAUAUACUUACAUAGUAGUAGUUCUUCAACUACUCCAAUUUUUAUGUUUUUUUUACAAGUUUUCUCUCUGCCUUCCUUUUUUCUUGUGAUAAUUAAUUAGAAUCUGAAUAAGAGGGGUAUAUUCACAUUCAUUUUUUUUUGUAAUAUUUCCUUAAUCUGAUUCUGUUUUUGGAUGAUGGAAGAGGCUGUGAGUUGUAGUAGCAGAGGAUUGUUGGAGUUGUCUCAGAAUCAUACGCGAAAGAGGAGAGAAAAAGUUGAAGUCUUUCAAGAAGUGAUUCGAAGAUUAAGGGAGUCGAAUGAUGAAGAAGCGAAUCAACCUGGUUUUGAGGACGAGUUGUGGGCUCAUUUCACUAAGCUUCCACUUCGGUAUGCAGUGGAUGUGAAUAUUGAGAGGGCACAAGAUGUUCUUAUGCACAAGAACUUGCUUCAAAUGGCACAUUACCAGAAUCCCGCGCCAGCAGUUGAAGUCCGCCUAGUGCAGAUUCAUCGAAUAUCUGAUGGAAAUCCCGGGGAUUCAGUUCAUUCCACUUUCUCAAAAAGGGGAGGUGCACAAGGUAUCGAUCAUCAUGGCAGCAUGCAUCCUCCACCUGCCUUUGGUUUAUCGCCAAGCACAGAGCUCGCGUUAGGAACCAAUAAAUUAUCUGUACAAGAUGGAAAUAGUGCUGUGAGUGGAAAUUCAAUGUUAUUUAGGCCUUUGUAUGAAAUAACAAUUUCAACACUAGACAAGCCCAAGCUCCUCUUUCGGUUGACUACUUUACUUUCGGAGAUUGGAUUGAACAUUCAAGAAGCUCAUGCUUUCUCAACAAAAGAUGGUUACUCCUUGGAUGUCUUUGUGGUUGAUGGUUGGGAAAAUGAGGAAACUGACCAGCUAAGAAGUGCCCUGUUGAAGGAAAUUUCGAAUAUGGAGAAACAGUCUGGAUUAAAUCAAGAUCAUUUGCAGUCCGCGUUAAAUCAAGACUUUUUGUCCCCCAAAAUGAAGAUUGUACAAACUGGUAUCACCAUCCCCGCGAACCAUUUGGAUACACCAAGAGAUGGGAGUGAAGCGUGGGAAAUCGACAAUGCACUGCUGAAAUAUGAAUAUAAAAUUGCAACUGGCUCAACUGGUGAUUUGUAUAAAGGUUCACUCCAUAAUCAGGAAGUGGCUAUUAAGGUUCUCAAGGCUGAGUGCCUAAAUGAAGAUGUGCAAAGAGAUUUUGCACAAGAAGUUUAUAUAUUAAGGAAAGUCCGCCACAAGAAUGUCGUGCAAUUUAUUGGUGCAUGCACGAAACCUCCACGCUUAUGUAUAAUCACAGAAUUUAUGUCAGGUGGAAGUCUGUAUGAUUUUUUGCAUAAAAAGAAAGGUUUUUUCAGGCUUCCGGCAUUACUCAAGGUUGCAAUUGAUGUUUCAAAGGGGAUGAGCUACCUGCACCAAAAUAAUAUAAUUCACAGAGACUUGAAGACUGCCAAUCUCUUGAUGGAUGAAAAUCAAGUUGUGAAGGUUGCUGACUUUGGCGUUGCUCGAGUGCAAGUUCAAUCUGGUGUCAUGACCGCAGAAACAGGAACAUAUCGAUGGAUGGCUCCUGAGGUUAUUGGACAUAGACCUUAUGAUCGAAAAGCUGAUGUUUUCAGCUUUGGGAUUGUACUGUGGGAGUUGUUAACAGGAAAGCUUCCUUACGAGUUCUUGACCCCAUUACAAGCUGCAGUGGCUGUUGUCCAGAAGGGUCUAAGGCCAACAAUUCCCGCGAACACUCAUCCAAUGUUGGUGGAAUUGCUCGAGAAAUGCUGGCAGCAAGAACCGCGCUUAAGACCUGAAUUUUCCGAGAUUCUUAACAUCUUGCAAUACAUGACCAAUAAGACAGUUGAAGAAGAGAAGAGUAGCAAAAGAAGAAGCCUUGGAUAACCAUAUCAGCUCAUGUAUGCGUUGGCGUCAUUCCGAGACAUGCAUUUUACUUUUAAGUUAUAUAUAGUGACAGUUUAAUCUUCUUUUUUUUUUUUUUAACCAUCAGUGUUGUAUAACUAUGACCUAUGGUAGUUGGUAGCUACAACUUUUGCCAGGUUAUAAAUUAAUGUUUGUCAUUGGAAUUUACAUGUAAGUACCUUGUAACUGACCUGAUCAUGAUCGAUUUUAAAAGGUGAAUGAAAAAUGAAGAGUUGUGACUCUUAUGAAAAGUUGUGACUUUUCUAAGAGUUGCGACUUUUUGAAAGGUUGCAACUUU